UCAAGCCACACACAACGCAGCGUGCGCAGUUGAACAUUGUGAACUGUGACAACGAGUCACUGUGACUGUCACAACAUUUAAUCACUUAAUCACGCAAUCACGGAUCACGUUACACGAUACACGUUACACGCCACGCGGAUCACGAGUUACACGAUACGAAUCACGCGAGUCACGAAUCACGAAUCACGCGGGUCGCAUUUUGACAGUUUUCGAAGUGUCGAAUUGAAUCGCUGUGAAAUGAACGCAACUUACCACAUUAAAGAGUUUCUCAAAGACAAAAGAAUCUGAGAAAAACAAAAAGAAAAGGAAAGGAAAGAGCAGAGAAAUCAAAAUACACGCGCUCGAAUGCGUUACGGUGCGCAUGAAAUGGCGGCACGCAGUUCGCGCUACAUUGAAUCCAAACGCAUCACUUACAAAUUGCUGUAGUCCGCAAAAGUUAUAAUUCAACAGCGUCACAAAUUGCGCAUGAAAUGUUGUUGGAAUACUUUAUGGCGAUGCUUGUGAUCAUGGGAUUAACCACAACAUUCGAUAAGCACAGCACCAGGCAUAUGCCACACUUUGCACUGGCCACGGAGCUCUCCAACAUCAUACCCGAGGACUUUGAGCCGCACUUUGACAACAGCACGGACCGUGAAAUAAUUGCCGCCCUCGGGACAACAGCGCGUAUGCAUUGUCGUGUCCGCAGCCUCGGGGAUCGAGCUGUGUCUUGGAUUCGCCAGCGAGAUCUUCACAUUCUCACCAUUGGCAUCAUGACCUACACCAAUGAUCAGCGCUUUCUGGCCCGCCACAUCGACAACUCCGACGAGUGGGUGCUCAAGGUCGUGUCCGUGCAGCCUCGCGAUGCUGGCAUCUAUGAGUGUCAGGUCUCUACAGAGCCCAAAAUAAGCCUCGCCUACAAACUAAUGGUUGUGACAUCUAGGGCGCAAAUCCUGGCGAAUCGCGAGCUGUUCAUUCAAAGCGGCAGUGACAUCAAUUUGACAUGCAUCGCACCUCAGGCGCCAGGACCCUACACGCACAUGCUCUGGUACAAGGACACGGAGCUGGUGAGCGACUCGACCCGGGGUGGGAUUCGCGUCAUAUCCGAGCAACAGAUGAAGACUAGCAAUCUGGUGAUAUCGCGUGUCCUGCACACAGAUUCCGGCAAUUACACAUGUUCCGCGGAUAACUCAAACUCCGACAGCGUCUUUGUGCAUAUCAUUAAAAGCGAACAGCACGCGGCCAUGCAGCAUGAACUGGGCGUGAGACUGGAGCUGCCCAGCCUGUGGCUGCUCCUGCUCCUGCUGGCGGUUAUUCACAUGGCACCACCACGCCCCCAACAUCUCGUGGUCUAAGCUGAGCGGCAACUUAUGUUUGAUGUCUGCUUUGCGUCCUCUGCAGCUUUGGAGUGUACACCUGCCAAGUAUCGAGCGAUAGAUGUUGCCACGCCCACUGCCAGCCAGCCCACCAUCUGUACAUAAGCAUAGCUGCAAUUGAAGGCAAUCGGAUGCACCUGUAUAUAUGUAAAUCGGAGGUUUUGUUUGAACAGCUUUAAGUAUUUUUAUACGUAAUUAAGUGAAUAGACGCAAUACACUUACACUUACACUUACACCGAUGUAUGAGGAGUAUAUGACAUACGUACUAUAUGUGUGUACUUCAUCAUGGAGCAUCAAGCGAGUACUUCAAAAAGCAUAGCGUUAAUGAUUAAUCGAAUAGUCGAACAGAGUCGAGCAAUCGAAUAGCAAUAAGUAUAAUGAAUCGAAUAUGCAAACAUAAAAUCGAAAAGUUGUAAAUAAAUGUUUAAUCUUAAUUAACAAAUACCGUUGAAGUGUUGUCCACCUCCCCUCGCAAUCAUCCAGACCCAAGAAUAUGAGAAAUGAGACACGCACUAUUCAAAUAUUUCGUAGAUAUAUACACAUAGGUAUCUGU